UAGACUUUCCUUCCUGCACCUGUAGGAGAGAUGGUGAUCUUUCCCGGAGAGGCUGUCCUCUCCGCCUGCACUCAGCACACCUCAGUUCGAUGCACUCUGAUUGCAGCUCAUUGGGACUGUUCAGAGUCCCUCCUAUUUUCUUCUAAGCCCCAUCCUCUGGGAAAAUACCAGCCUAUUCUAAACUCUAUCCCGCUAGGAGAAGGUUUGAAGUAAGGAGCAGAAGAAACUUAAAUUCUGGAAAUAGCGACUCAGUAUCAUGGCCGGCUGCCUUAAUGAAGAUCCAGAAGGAAGUCGAAUCACUUAUGUGAAAGGAGAUCUUUUCGCAUGUUCCAAAACAGACUCUCUAGCCCAUUGUAUCAGUGAGGAUUGUCGAAUGGGUGCUGGCAUAGCUGUUCUCUUCAAGAAGAAAUUUGGAGGGGUGCAGGAACUGUUAAAUCAACAAAAGAAGUCUGGAGAAGUGGCUGUUCUGAAGAGAGAUGGACGAUAUAUAUAUUACUUGAUCACAAAGAGACGGGCUUCACAUAAGCCGACUUACGAGAACCUGCGCAAGAGUUUAGAGGCCAUGAAGUCCCACUGUUUGAAGAAUGGAGUCACUGACCUCUCCAUGCCCAGGAUUGGAUGUGGUCUGGAUCGUCUGCAGUGGGAAAAUGUGUCUGCGAUUAUUGAAGAGGUGUUUGAGGCAACGGACAUCAAAAUCACGGUGUAUACACUCUGAACAGAGGAACAUUUGGAUGACUCACGGUCUUUGUGUCCUUUCUACUUGGCUGUAGGACUGAGCACCUGUAGGACCUCAGAAUGGGCAGGGGACAGUGUGUGAGGGAUCUGUGUCACAGGCCAGAUGUGGCUUUCUGUACUCCAAGACUGGAGGGUGCUGGGCCCACGCAGUGUGGCAGGAAACCAGCUUAGUAAGCCCACCGGGUGGGCCUGUUUUGCUCAUCCACUACUGGGUUUGUUUGGCUGGCCACUAGGUGGCAGCGUUGAUUCUAAAGCUCUUGCUUGCUUUUAAAGAGAAAUUACGGGAGAGGUAAACUUGCGAUUCUUUGGCGUCUUUUGUAUCUGUGCACCUGGUGCCAGUCUGAUGUCAUCAAAAUCAUCCUAGGAAAGGAUUAUGGUUGUUUUGUGGUAGUUACACGUGUAGGUUUCUGCUGUCACCAAGGGGUUUGUGGGGACGGGAGUGGAACAAUAAACCUUUCUGUUGGGGUCACUCA